AUGCUACUCCGUAGUAAAGACCGCCCUCGAAGUGCGUGCGCAGGCCCCGACUCGACCCACCGGAGCCACCCAAACUCCGCAAUCGCCGACCCCAAAACACCACCGACCACCGCUCAACGCUCAAAGAAACACAACACCGCGAUGGCCACCCUCAAACCGCCUUCAGCACAGCGCCGCUCGUCAUCCUCACAUCCUCCCGCUGGUCCACCGAAAGCCCCCCUGAAGGCCGAUGCCUCGGCCACAAUCGCAGACACCGCAGUCUUUCAGGGAACAUACCCCAUCACCAUCGGCGCAGGGACCGUCAUCCACCCGCGCGCCCGAUUCUAUGCCUUCGAGGGCCCAAUUUCCGUAGGCGACGGAUGCAUCGUCAGUGAAAAAGCCAUAAUUGGAGCGGCACCCGGCACAUCACGGUCGACCGGUCCAUCACCGUCCGCGUCAACAGGGCCGUCCCCCACAUCCUCAUCCACCAAUGUCACAUCCCCCGCGUCGCAAGUCCAAGGACACAAAACAGCCACCCGCAUCUCCUACUUUGUCACCAUCGGCCCGCAUUCCACCGUUCUCCCCGGCGCAACCGUACACUCGUCCGCCACGGUCGAGUCCCUGGUAACUAUAAACCGAUAUGCGGACAUCGGCGCGCACUCCAAGAUCUGCUCUGGGUGCCAGAUCCCCGCGAAUGGAUGCGUCCCCGAGUGGACGGUAGUCUGGGGCUCCGGGGUUGGACAGCGGCGGAAAAGAGCGCGCGGCGCGAAAGAGCCUGCGCCGGCGGUCGUGGUUGCGGCGCAGGUUGCGCAGAUACCUGUGCCGCCGCCUGCGCCGGAAGGGAAGGUCAUUGAGGAUGCGAGGCUGAUGGUGCUUCAGAAAGAGAGGGAGGUACUCGAGCGAAUGAUUGUGCCGGCUGGGGCUACAAAGAAGAAAUAA